AGUGCCAGAUCAGACUUGAGGGCAGUAGGGAGUGGUGCAGGCAUAGACAGUCAAAAAUAACUGGUGCAGAACAUUUUGUUUUUCUGCUGGAGCUGGCAAACUUUGCGAGCAAAAAUGUCAAGGGCACAUUGAGGCGCUUCAGUACUGACUUGACCUAAUUAAGAGGUGCCGUAAAGAAAGCUUAGUGGAUAUAGACACUGCCCUCUUGUUAUCCAGUGGAGCUGAUCAACUGCUGGAUUGGACUCUGACCUACCUAGAAGCCAUGUGAUUCCCAUCUCUGUGUGUACGCACCAAUAGCCAAAGGAGGUCUGUCACUUACUUCUAUGUAGAAUGACAGCAAGUCAUAUUCAGCACCUCCAGGGACUGAAGAAACUUGUAUGACACACAGCAGAGGUGGAACGACAGCUUCAUCUUCUUCAAACUUUCUUCAGACUGGUCUGGCAGCAGUAUGGCUCUGCUCAUCCACAUGCUGGCCUGUGCCUUUGGUCUGGGCUCUUGGGUGGCGGUGAACGGUCUGUGGGUGGAACUGCCGCUCAUCGUCAACACUCUCCCGGAGGGCUGGGAGCUCCCAUCCUACCUGACAGUCAUCAUCCAGCUAGCCAACCUGGGGCCUCUGCUGGUCACCCUCAUGCACAAGCUGUGUCCGGGUUGUCUUAAAGAGCAUGUUGUCAUUUACUCCAUUCUCUGCAUCGGUGUCCUCUCCUGCAUUCUGCUCGCCUUCUUUUGGGACAAGACCACGAUAGUGGCUGGGGCAUUACAUAGCACUGCCUUCUUCAUCAUCACAAUCUUCCUCUCUCUGGUGGACUGCACCUCCUCAGUCACCUUCCUGCCUUUCAUGACACAGCUUCCAGCGAAAUACGUCACAACGUUCUUUAUUGGAGAAGGGCUAAGUGGUUUCAUUCCUGGCGUAGUCGCUCUGGCACAAGGUGUGGGCAUCGCCAAAUGUGUCAACUCCUCUCACACUCCAGGAAACCACACAGGCAUGUGGUCAUUACAUACAGAGUAUCUUCCUCCCAACUUUUCCACAGAGGUGUUUUUCUUCUUCCUUGCAGCCAUGAUGUGCAUAAGCCUGGCUUCUUUUGUUGCACUGAACAGGCUUCCUGGGACAUAUGAGCUGUCCACCGAAAACCUCACACCAGACAUUGCAGUAUCUGUCAGCUCCGGCCUGGAGAACCCUGGAGUAGAGACUGAUGGAGAGGGUGUGAAAUGGCAGGGAGAGGGAGCAGCACAGAGCAGACUUCUGCUGCCCAGCCCAAAACACUCUGUGUACCAGCUGACCGUCAUCUAUUUUCUGGUGGUGUGGGUUAAUGCUGCAACCAACGGCUUGCUGCCCUCUGUGCAGACGUACUCCUGUAUGCCCUACGGGAACCUGGCCUAUCACCUCUCUGCUGCUCUGUCGUCAGUGGCCAACCCACUGGCUGCCACCAUUGCAAUGUUCUUCCAAAACAGGUCACUUGUCGUUCUUGGCGUGCUGACAGCGUUGGGGACAGGAUUUGGCAGCUAUAACAUGGCUAUGGCAGCUCUGAGUCCAUGUCCUUUGCUUCGAGGGUCUGUGGUGGGAGAGAUAAUCAUUGUGCUCUCAUGGCUCUUCUUCACUGGGACGCUGACUUAUGUCAAAGUAAUGGUGGGUGUAAUCCUGAGAGACCGGAGCCACAUCGCCCUGGUCUGGUGUGGAGCUGCAGCACAGAUGGGCUCACUAGUUGGCUCGGUCACCAUGUUCCCGCUGGUUAACAUCUACCGACUGUUUCAGUCAGGAGACUACUGCAGCACUAAAUGUCCUUUAUGACAGUUAAUAUGAAAACCACAGUACUAAAGAGGCUAGACACACUUUAGUUUCUUGUUAAUUAUGGUGCAAGAGGUGGUUGUGAAUUAGCUUGAUUUAGGAUAAAGACUGGAAGCAGGGGUACAGAUUAAACAAAGAAGAUAAAACAUGUUAAUUAGUGAGCUUUAGUGGUGCUAGUAGCAGAUGUUUACAUUGGACAGGGUCAGGCAGCUGUUUCCCUCUGCUUCCUGUCUUAAUGCUAAGCUAAGCUAACUGGUUGCUGGCUGUAGUUUCAUAUUUAGCCUAUAAAAAUGAGAGUGGCAUCAAUCUUCUCAUCUAACUCAUAGCAAGUGCAUUUCUUAAAAUAUACAAAUACUCAAGAGGUGCACCGUUCCAUUAGCUUAUGACCAAAUCGGCUUUCAGCUUAAUUGGCAUGACCGGUGACGGUCAGGCUCACAUGUCCGAUCUUGUGUCAGCUACAUUUACAUGUAUGCAUAGCGGCACAGAUAGUAACUUACUAUUGUCACAGCCACACACACAAGCACAUGCUAAAACAUAAUAACAUGGUAAGUCCAAAAUAAGCCAUGUUUCCCCACACACAGACUUUACUUGGGUGGACUGCCCAGGUAUAUUAACUGACGUCAACGUUAAUUGUUAUUUUGCACAGAGAGAGAGGUGUUAUCUGGUAUAACAAGGUAUAAGGUAAAUUUAAUUUAAAUUUUUUAAAUAAUUUUACAACAGGGUUGUAAAAUGAAAUGCAGUUAGUAGUUCUCCUCUGCUACAAAGCAGACGAUAUAUACAAAAUCUACUUUGCAUAAAGCAGUGCUGAGGAUGAAUGUGAAUUUAAGAGUCUCAUAGCCUGGGGGGGAAAGCUGCUCUGCAGUCUGGUGGUUCGACAGCAGAUACUUCUGUAUCUCUAUCCAGAUGGCAACAGGAUGAACAGGCUGUGGCUGGGGUGGGUACUGUCCUUUAGUAUCCUUUGGGCUCUGCGUAGGCACCUCCCCUCAAUAUCACUGAUGCUCGGGAGAUGGCUACCAAUGACCUUCUGAACUGUUUUAAUCACCCGCUGCAGAGCCCUCUGGUCCUGGGCCGUGCAUAUCCCAUGUCAGUUGGUGAUGUUUCCAGUCAGGAAGCUUUCUAUUGCUCCUCGGUAACAGUUGACAAGAAUUUGGCAUGGGAAUUUUAGCUUCUUAGGUUUUCUUAAGAUAUACAGCAAUUUAUGAACUUUCUACACCAGCAUGAAGAUGUGAGAUGACCAUGUCAGGUUUUCUUUGUGAUGCUGAUUAUUAUAAGGUAGGCUGAUUAUCUGGUAUUAUGUUAGAAGAUGCAGAUAGGUGGAUAUUUUACAAGCAUGGACCAGAUAAAGCAAUAGUGAACACACCAAUUAGUGCAGAUGUCAUUAACAACAAGCCUCCUCCACACGUGGCUCACCUGCUGCUGUGAAAAGGGAAUUGCAGCUGGAAAAAUCCAAAACGUUUAUAAAACAUAAUGCUGAUGAAGAAAGUCAACAGAGCAGACACAUUCCGUGAGUGAGGAACAGAGAUAGACAGGUGUAGGUGUGUCUGAAGGGAAAAGCAUGGUUAGCAGACCAUCCCCACCACACAGUCAUUCUGUAGGAAACACUGAGCCGUGUUAUACUGCAAUUUAUUUUCAGUUGGAUGUUAUUUGUAAAGAAAAGCUCUGUCCAGCAGCCUAACCUGCAGGACUGAUUUAUAUUGAGAUGUGUUUGGGUGAGAGAAGGUCCUGUAACUGUGGCAGCAUGUCAAAUGGAAGGAGGACUUACCUUUCUGUAACAGUCAGUGUUUUAUUAUGAAUGUACAAUUGAACGCUUACGCUGGUGCGAAUGGGAAUCCAAAAAAAGAAAUUAUUUUCCAUUAAAGAAAAGUUUAAACACUUUUUGUGUACGCUGUCAAUUAUAGUUCUUAGAAAGAAACUUGGAAUUGGCAGGUCAGACCUUUAAAAAUAUUGGAAAUUAGAAUCAGCCAGUAAUAUUGCAAUUAUUACACCAAUCUUGAGACUGUCAGCUUGUUUGCCCACUAGAUGGCGCAAGCACCCUUCUGUAUAUCACAAACCUGUCACUCCACACCCUGCAGGCACCCAGUGACCACAAGGCCUGGAAAUACAUUUACACUGUGUAAAUGAAAAAAAAAAAAAAAUAAUUAUACAAUGUUAGCUAUAGAUUUAAUCCUGACAUUUAUACACCUAUUAUAUGGGAUGUUUCCUUUGCAAUUUAAACAUGCAUGUAUAAAAUGAAAAGCUAAUAAAAACAGGUUGUUGAUGCAU